AUGGCUUCCAUCAAUGCCAACACCAAGAUCAAAGUUGCAUCCUCGGGGGCGCCCAGAAAGGUCGCUGCCAAGACUACCAAAAUUGGCAUUGGCCGCGGGGCCAAGGGUGGCCCCAAGAAAAAGGCCGCCGCUGGAAAGAAGAAGCAGAUUGUUUUGCUGAAGCCUAGUGCACUAGCCACACCUGCUGCCAUCGCCGAAUUGAAGGGACUCGAUAAGAAUGCACAAAAGCAAAAAGUCACAGACUUGUGUCGUCAAGCCAUGGGAGAAUCUCCAUCACUCGUCGGCUCGAGCAAACCACGCGCCGCAAGUACCACCAGAGACAGAGGCAAUGCAGCUGCUGAUGUUGCGAUUGCUGCCAAAGAGUUGGGAGUUAAAUUUGUAUUGAAAGACUGCGAAGUGAUUAAUCAAAUGCAACUAAUGCUGUUUCCGGAAGGAAUUGCCACCAUUUUUGGGACGAGCGAAGAAAGUACAUCUGGACUCAAAGCCAGUGCGUCUGCCUUGAGUCUAACAAGUUUGGAUAAUACUGCUGAUACUCUGGAGUCGUCAAUAGCAGGGGGUAGUAUGGGGACCGAUUCCAAACGUGGCAAGACCACACCCGCGACCGCAAGAGAAGGUUCGUUGUUGUUGAUUCGAGCCUUUUGCGAAAUUCUAGGCAAAAAGGCAGAACCAUAUGUUGUCGGAGCCUUCUUGGCGGCGGCUCUGGACGAAUGCGGUAGUUCUUCGGGUGAGAUCCGAGAAGCUGCUGAAGAUGCUUCCACAUCUUUGGUACAACUUGCCAACCCCUGGGCCUUCCCAUCGUUGAUCUGUCCUCUAUUGCUCCAAUCCUUCAAAUCCAAGGAAUGGAGAGUCAAAGCAAACGGUUUGGAUCUGCUGGCACAAUGCGCCACCACCGCCCGAUCGCAAGUUUGCAAUUUGCUUCCAACCAUUAUUCCCGCCUGUACAGAUCAAGUCUGGGACACCAAAGCCCAAGUCACCAAGGCUGCUGCCGCCACUCUCUUGGCCGUUUGUUAUACGUGUUCCAAUGCCGAUGUCGAACCUGCCAUCCCAGCUGUUGUCAAUGCCAUUUGCAAACCAUCCGACACCAUGAAGGCUGUUCAAGAAUUGAUGGGAACCACCUUUGUGGUUCCAGUCGAUGCUCCUGCUUUGUCCAUUCUUUGUCCAGUAUUAGCACGUGCUCUCAAGGAAAAACUUGCCAUUCACAAGCGCUCGGCCUGUGUUGUCAUUUCCAACAUGAGUCGAUUGGUCGGAACCCCUGACGACGUUGCCCCCUUUGGGCCACUGUUGGUUCCAGAACUCAAGAAGGUUUCUGAAAAUGUUCAAUUUGAAGAAAUCCGUGAUGAAGCCUUGAGGGCACUUGCCAAUUUGACCAAGGCGUUGGGUGACAGAUACCAAGAGGAGUCGGAACAACAAGUACCCGAGGCUGUGAUCCUUGCUGCAGAAAAUGCAAAGGUUGAAGCAGAGCAAAAGAGAAUUGAAGAAGAAAGGGAAGCGGCGCGCCUGAAGGAGGAAGAAACAAAAAAGAAGGAAGAAGAAGAGCGAAAGAAAUUCAAGGAAGCCAUGGAUGCAACGAGAGAGCUUGAAAAGCUGAGAAUCGAAGAGGAAAAGAAACAAAAGGCCGAAGAACAGAUGAAGAAGGAGGAAGCAAAACUCAGUACCAAGGGAGGAACAGGGAAAUGCAAUGCCUGUGGCUUGAAGAAGUGCAAGAAAACAUGUGUUUUCUUUGGAAGCUAA